GUCCUGCUCCUGGGCACUGUCCGCCACCCGCCGCCUGCCGCUCCUGCACUGCCUGCCUCCGGUCUCUGCCGUGACACAUCCUCCGCAGCCCUGGGAAGCUGCCUCGCAGAGGUUCUCACGCCUCCAGAACCAGAGUGCAGGGAGACGUGCCGGCACAGGCCCUGCUGACUUAUCUGGCUGGCCCGGCAGGCCGCACGGAAAUUGUGCUUUUAUCACCCAGAGCGUAUCUGCCCCCCGAGCUCCAGGCCCCCAGAUGAGUGGCACUCCCGCGGUCAGAUUGGCACACAGCGAGCUGGCUGCAGACAAGGCGGCAGGAAGGAAGCAGGGAAGCAGCAACGCUCCACGUGUGGAUUAAGCAGGAGCCACCGUGAGUGGGCCACAGGGAAGACCAGCACCCCCGCCAGAGAAAAGAAAAUGAGUCUCCUCAAAGAGCGGAAACCCAAGAAGCCGCACUACAUCCCCAGGCCUCCGGGAAAGCCCUUCAAGUACAAGUGCUUCCAGUGUCCCUUCACCUGCAACGAGAAGUCUCAUCUCUUUAACCACAUGAAGUACGGUCUCUGUAAAAACUCCAUCACUCUAGUGUCGGAGCAAGACCGUGUCCCCAAGUGCUCCAAAUCUAACUCUCUGGACCCUAAGCACGUGCACCCGCCAGACCCUGUGGUAAAGCCCACCUCCUCCAAGUCUGCCACUAACAGGCUCCCCCACCUGGACGCCAAGCUCCCGCUCAGCCUUGCUAAGGACGAUGCCAAGGAAAACGUGGAACUGCAGGUGCACGGGCCCCACAAGGGCACCGGGCAGAAGCCCACUCCCCACAAGGAAGCCGCACGCCUGGGUCCGGCCCCAGAAGCCGCCCUGGGCACCCAGCCAGCCCUGGAAGGCGUCGUGCGGCCGUCGGCCUUUGUUCCCGUGGGAGAACACAGACUCAAGGGCCCAGAGCACACUGAGGCUCCCGAGCCGCUAGCCCUGCCCAGCCCCACCGCCAAGGCCACCGCCUUCCACACCAAGUCUGCAUUCCACGCCCCUGCCUACCCGUGGAAAGCUGGCUCGCCAUUCCUCCCGCCCGAGUUUCCACAUAAAAUCCCACCCACAAAGGGGUUUGGUGCCCUUUCCCCUUACAUGCACCCUACGAUCCCUGAGUACCCACCUCACUUUUACACAGAGCACGGACUGGCCACCAUCUACUCACCCUACCGACUAGCUGGGAACUCGCCGGAGUGUGACACCCCCCUGCUGUCGGUCUAUGGGGCCCAAGACCAGAGGCACUUCCUGCCUCACCCAGGGCCAAUGCCUAAGCACUUGAACCCAUCUCCCUCGACAUACGACCAUUACAGGUUCUUCCAGCAGUACCACCCCAAUCUGCCAAUUCCUUAUGGAUUUUACAGACCAGAGUCUGCAUUUUCCUCCUAUGGUCUCAGACUCCCACUUGUCACUGGUAUUUCACAAGAUCAAAGUUCUCACCUACUCGAAGAAGCUGCCCUGGUCUACCGGGCCUCGAGUCCGUCCAAAUUAAACCCUUCCAACUCCCAUAAAAAACAUGCAGAGUUUGACAAAGAGAGUCUGACUCCCGAGGCUGAAGACCCUCCCAAAGACGGGCAGAGGGACACAGAAGGGACCAAGAUGAGCCCACGCGCAGGCAGCGCAGCCACGGGCUCCCCGGGAAGGCCGAGUCCCACCAACUUCACACAGACAAGCCAGCCAUGUGCUGGACCGGGCGGCCUCUCAGACAAGCCCACCCUCAGUGCCUUGGGAAGGCUCCAGCAACCCGAACAGAGCCUCACUGCCUUCAAGCCCAUCAUGAAAAGCACAGAGCACCCACAUUCCCAAGCUCUGGAAAACAGAGACAACUCCCCAAAAAGCCCCGAAGUGCUGAGCACCGACGCUGCGGCCCAGGCAGGAAGCACCUGCGACAGCACGCCGUCCAGCCCGGAGGGUGGUUCCAGGACAGCCCCACUGAACCUCUCCAAGAAACUGGAGACCAAGCCGGCAGCCACUCACAACCCCGUGUACAAAGACUUCGAAGAGCUGCAGGACGUGCCUCUUAACCUCUCAGUGAAGGACCCCUGCAAUGCCCUGAUGCCGAGGCCCUCCCUCCACAGCCCGCCACGAGAGCCGGAACCCGCUCCUGCUUCUCAGAAGGCUGAGCCAGAAGGUUCUGGAGAUGGGCCAGACCACACUGAGACGAACCAGAACGGCCCUAGCUCUGAGGAGGCUCUAGUGGCCAGCCCCACUGGGAAGGCCCAGGAUGCACGAGCAGCGGACAACAGUGACGAGCAGAAGCAGACGGCGGCCGUGGCCCUCUGCCAACUGGCAGCCUACAGCCCAGGCCCUGUCCGGGUGGGCGAUGGGGACCCCGCAGCCCAGGAGUCCACCUGCCAACGUGACACACCCGCGCCCAGUGCCUCAGCAAGCCAGGAGCCUCCGAGUGACCUCAGACCCAAAGCACAGAAGAGAACAAGCCCACGGGAUGCAGGGAGGUCCCAGCAGGGAGCUAAGAAGGCAAAGCUGAGCGACACGGCCAGAGUGUUCACUCUCCGGAAAAGGACCCGGAUGUCUUAGUGCCAGCCCACCCGGCAGAGAGCCUCCAAAGGCCGAGAACUUCAAGUCGCUCUGAAGGCACAAAGCAGCAAACCUUCAACGGCGCCUUCAUUUUUUUAUCUGGUCGAUUUUUACAAGGCAGUUUUUUCUUCUUAAAAAAAAAAACCCACACAGAAAGCAAGCUGCAAUCCAGUUCACUUUCUGUAAAUACCAAGCACAAAUGUUGUAAGGUGCUUCCACUUGGGGAUGUAAGAACAUUUAAAUGACUCACAAGACUGACAAGUUAGACCCUGGCUUUUAAUUUACUUUUGUGAAAUACCAAAUGAAACAGGUAGAGCUAAAAGGUAACUU